AGGCCAUGGCCAGCCCCGCGAUGCCAUUGACUGGUGCUGGCAUCGCCACGACUGUUGUUACACUCGAGCUGAGGAGGCUGGCUGCAGCCCCAAGACAGAGCGCUACUCCUGGCAGUGCGUCAAUCAGAGCUUCCUGUGCGGACUGGAAUGUCACGUGGUAUACCAGCAACCCCGACUUCACCAAGUGCUUUCAGAGCACGGUCCUCGUGUGGGUGCCUUGUUUUUACCUCUGGGCCUGUUUCCCCUUCUACUUCCUCUAUCUCUCCCGACAUGACCGGGGCUACAUUCAGAUGACACCUCUCAACAAAACCAAAGCUGCCUUGGGAUUUUUGCUGUGGAUCGUCUGCUGGGCAGACGUCUUCUACUCUUUCUGGGAAAGAAGUCGGGGCAUAUUCCUGGCCCCAGUGUUUCUGGUCAGCCCAACUCUCUUGGGCAUCACCAUGCUGCUUGCUACCUUUUUAAUUCAGCUGGAGAGGAGGAAGGGAGUUCAGUCUUCAGGGAUCAUGCUCACUUUCUGGCUGGUAGCCCUACUGUGUGCGCUAGCCAUCCUGAGAUCCAAAAUUAUGACUGCCUUAAAAGAGGAUGCCCGGGUGGACCUGUUUCGUGACAUCACUUUCUAUGUCUGCUUUUCCCUCUUACUCAUUCAGCUCGUCUUGUCCUGUUUCUCAGAUCGCUCACCCCUGUUCUCGGAAACCAUCCACGACCCUAUAGAUUCUACCUGUGUCGCCCAGGUGGGAUUGCAGUGGCAUGAUCUCGGCUCACUACAACCUCCGCCUCCUGGGUUCAAGCAAUUCUCCUGUCUCAGCCUCCCGAGUUGCUGAGACUACAGGCAUGUGCCACCAGGCAUGGCUAAUUUUUGUAUUUUGAGUAGAGACAGGGUUUCACCCUAUUAGGCUGGUCUCGAACUCCCGACCUCAGGUGAUCCACCUGCCUUUGUCUCCCAAAGUGCUGGGAUUACAGCCAUGAGUGACGGUGCCCAGCCAUUCAUAACAUGUUUAUACAAAUAUAACUUUAGCAAAUAUUUAGCAUAACUAUCAAAAUUACAAAUCAUAACUUUAAAUUUGCAUAAAUGUAUGUGAUUUUUGGAACAUGUAUAUCAACAACAUAGCCAUAAAUAUAACUGAGAUGAGAUCUAAUGUCACCUCACUUGACAAUACCCUUCCGUGCAGUAUCACCACAUUUGACAAUGCCUGCCCAUAUAAUCUACCAAAGAAAUCGAAUCACUUAAUACCUCUACAAGAUGAGAGAUACAUUCUUUAGACUCCCCAGGGGACCCAGCUGAAAAAUUCCAAAGUUAAUUUUAAGCCAAAAAGACUUGAUUUAGGAUUUUGACACUGGAGAAACCCAUCAAAGAUGUCAAGUUUGAAAACACUUGAUCAAAACAGAAUCACAGGUCACUAUUAAAAGAGUAUUCAUUUAACCAGAGACUUCCAAAGCAAUACAGAAACUUACGUGGGUAUAAAAACCUUAACCCUUUUAAAAGUCAGUUUUGCUAAGUGAUCAAAAAGGGUACUUGAAUUGAAUCAGACACUGGAAGAGCGUGUGCAGGGUUAUAAGUGUAGGCAAAUGGUUACUUUGGUUGUAUCUCCAUUUACCACCUGAUAACGUGAGAAUGACAUCUUUACUCACCAGAAAGCCAGUAUUAUAGGAGGUGUAGGAGGCAUUCUAGGACUUGAGACAAGAAUGUUGUUGUGUAGAAAUUUCACUGACUGUGUUAAAGUUCUUCUCCAUGGGCUGGAGAACACAUAACGGGGCCUUUAGAAUGAGAUGGGCAUUGAUUGGAUGCAAGGUCUCCACACUUACUAGCUGUGUGACAUUGGACAAAGUGCUUCAUCAUUCUGAGACUCAGUUUUUAAAGGAAAAACAACUAACUACCUUGCAAGUUUGCUAGCAAUUUUAAGUGUAAUAAUGUGUGGGAAUGACUGCAUCGUGACUAACAUGUAGUGACAGCUUAAUUAAUGUUAACCCUUAUCAUUAUCGUAUAAGAAUGUGAGUUACAUAAGAGAGGAACCCCAUCAGUUUGUUCUCUGCUGUAUCCUGAAGACCAUGAAUCAUGGCUGGCACGUAGUAGGCAUUUAAUAAUAUUUGUUCAACAAGAAUUUGGCAGUCUUGGAGGGCAGAAAGGAGGUGGGGAAGAUUUUUAAAUAACAUUUUUUAAAAAGUCACGUUGUCCUACAGUACCAAUUUUUCUUGCAUAUUUAGGAAAUUGAGGUUUUUCCCUAAAACGUGCGGACAUAUGGGAAAUAGGAUGCAACAUUUGCACUAAUGUUUCAGACACAGUUAGAGGUUGCCAAGAGAUUUUGUGCUGGGGAGGCUGCUUGCUACAAGCUCCCAAAGCUCUGGGAGGACAUAGUAUUCAUUCCUCCCUCAGCAGAAGCGGUGAGGCAAGAAGCUCUGGGGAGCACCCCAGCCUUGGACUUCUAGCGUAGUGUGUUAGGUCUUCAUAGUUUGGGCCCAGGGCACAGAGAAGUCACAGCUCUCUGGCAUCCUGUGACCUUUACCCUCUUUGCCAAGGGAAAACGUGACCCUCCAAAGCAAGAAAACUUGAGGGCAUGGGUCAUCCCAGCCCUGGCAUCUGCCCAGAGCCCGAGAAGGAAGGAACAAUGAUCCUCCAGCUACCUCACAGGGCUGGCACAGGUGGCCACUGCCCUGGCAUCACCCAGCUGUGUCCGGCAGCCUGAACCCCAUCUGCGGGGAUGUGAGGAGGGAAAUACAGAAGUCUUUAGGUGAGCACUGAGGAGGCAGAUGCAGCAGAAACCUCCAGACCGUAACUACCCAGUCUUGGACCUAUGGUGGAGACAGAGCAUAGCUGGCGAUCAUGUGUACUUAUACUCUAGGGUCACCGGGUUGCACUAUGGCCUCAUCUGUGGUUCUGAAAAUGAAGAUUUGGAAGGAGAUCAUCACAGCUAAUGUUUAACAAGCCCCUCCUAUGUGCCAAAUCAUUCACCCCUUGCAACAACCGAAUGAGCUAAGGAUUCUCAUUAUAUAUAGUUUAUGGAGAAGGAAGUGCAGACAUAAAGAGGUGAAUUAUCUUACCCAGAUCACACAGCUAAUAAGUGGUGGAGACAGAAUAGAAUCUAAACAGUGUGGCUCUGGAGCCCACAUGCACUGAUUUGACAAGUGUUUAUUGAGCACCUGCCAUGGACAAGGCCUUGUGUGAUUAAAUAGGGUUAUAAUUAAUAAUAUAAAAAUGACAAAUCACUAAUGCUUUUUAGACUUAACACUUUCU